UCUGGGCUCUGUGCUAUUCCUCAGCAGCAGAGAAAGAAAAGAAAACCAGCACAACUCCAAAGUAAACUUUGAAGAGUUUGAAAAAGGAAUUGAAUGCUAAAACUGUUACUGUGCCCUGUAAGGCCCUUGUGCAGGGGACUUCAAAGGAGGAUGAUGGUCAAGGAAGCUGUGGUGAGAGAGCUUACAGCUGUGGGCUGUCUAGGAUCCGAGUAAAUAGCUCUACAGCUCUUCAGGAGAGAGGAGUCCCGAAUACUGUGCUGCUUUGAAGAGGUCACAGUUCUCAUCCAGCAAGACACAUGGCUCUUUUAAAGAAAAUUAACCAGAUCUUACUGUUGCUUCUUGUCUUAACUGUGUGCGCCAUUCUGUAUAACAAAGUUCACCAAGUGCCAUCUACAUUAAAGAGUGAAACAGUUGAUUUGGAGAGUCCAGAGGAAAUGGAUGAAGAAAUUCCAGUCGUGAUCUGCGCUGCUGCGGGCAGAAUGGGUGCAGCUAUAGCAGCUAUCAGUAGCAUCUACAGCAACACGGAGGCUAACGUUUUGUUCUACCUAGUUGGGCUGAAGACUACCAUCCCACAUAUUCGAAAAUGGAUUGAAAAUUCUAAACUAAAAGAAAUAAAAUUUAAGGUGGUGGAAUUCAACCCUAUGGUACUAAAAGGAAAAAUCAGACAAGAUGCAUCACGUCCUGAGCUACUGCAGCCUGUGAGUAAAUGAAAACUGCGUAACAAAUUUUUAGGGUUUCUAAUGCUUAUUACAAGCUUUAAAAUGUCAUAGAUG